AUGUACUACUGUGGGUACAUUGCUGUCAGACUGAGGGAGAUUCAAGACGCAUUGCUGGACUUGGGCAAAUUUUGUAAAAUGAUUGAGCUUGUUUUGUUUGCAUUCUUCAAAGGCGCUGUCCAGGCUUUGGAGAAUGCCAAAGAUGUCUCUGAGAUGAGAGAAUUACUGUGGGUGUUUCGGUCCAAAACUUGGGUCACCCCAUAUGUCGACAGCUUGUUCAACAAUAUUGCUCAGGGCUUCUCGAAAUACAUCCGUGUCCACGGCCUCAAGCUCUUGAAGGACUCACAGGAGGGUGUCAUCGAGAGAGCCAAGUUGGGUUUGGGUCACGCCUUUUCCAAAGUCAAGGUAAAGUUCACUGUUCAAAAGAACGGUGCCAACAUCAGCUAG